AUAUCACUAGUAAUUAUUUUUCUUAUCAACAGAGAAAGUGAAGUAAAAUCUAGUUAGCGAAGAAAUCAUAAGAAUUGAAACACUGGAUAUUACUGUGUUAAUUUGGUUUCAUUUAUCUGAAGUCUAUAUUUCUGCUGUGUUAUCUGAGAUCAACGCUAUAAAUUCAAAUAACUGAAGGAAAAGGUGAGGGUUUUGUGGUUGAAUCAGGCUCCAAACAUCAUUUUUGUAUAAGUUAUCUGGAGAAUUGACAAAAGUGGUUUCAUUUAAAGGCUAUCUGUAGGAGAUAAUUGCUUCAAUUUUCCAUUUAGCCAGAAUGAUCCUGGCCAUAAUGUCCUCUUCUGUUAAAUUUCUCUCAAAACAGGAUUCCAGAAUCCCUACAAAAUCUGUAAUAGUGCUCCUCAUUUGGGUAAUUUAGCAUCCUCACAGACAUCCUGUCCUAAUUCAUUUGUAAAACAAUACCUCUACGUAUCUAAAAUAGUUUUUCAUAAGAAGAAUGUUCCAUAGGAAAAAUAGUUCCAAGGGAAAAACAAUUGUCCUGUCCCUUGGAGAAAAUGCUAUUAAAUAGUGUGUUAUGAGAACAGAUAACGUUUUCUUUGGCUCUGUGAUUUUUUUCAAUGCAAAUUUUGGUUAGAGAAAUGACUUCAAAAUAAUCAGUCCAUAGUGGUUCUUUUGAGGACUGUUAAGUGAAAAGUCACAAAAUGAAGCCCUUCUCCAUGUUUGCAAAACUAUUUUCAUUCCCCAGGAGACUUGCAGCAUUUAGUAUUUCUAGAAAGGUAUAGCAGAAGUAGUGCUAGAAUUGUGAUUUUUGCCAUCUAAUGUUCCCUAAUGACAAUAGAUUCUCUGGAAAACAAUUGAAAAUUAAAAACGAUAAUAGUAUGUUCUAUAUAUCAUCAGUAUAUUCUCUAAUAUUUAUUGUUAGGUAUACAUAAAGUAUAGCCAAUUGUGAUAACUACUACUUUAUUAACGCCUGUUGUCAAAGCUUUGAAAGCAAAGCUUGUAAGAUUAGGGACAACAGGAAUGUGUUCCUUAAAAUGAUAGGAUUAUUUAAAAAAUAUACUCCACCUGGUGGGAGAGUAUUUACAUGGUAUGGGUAUGAGUAUUUGGUCAAAGUGCUUGAAACAUUAGGUCACACCAAAAAUGGUUUUGAAAUGUUUACUUGUUCAAAAUGCAUUUCUUGCCAGUACACUACUUGUUGAUCAUUUUAUAUCCUAUGCCUAGAGUGUUUAAAACACUGUAUCACAGGCUUCUGAUUCCAUGUUGGGCAACUUUUAAAUCCAUGUGUCAGUAGUGAAUGAGCUGGUUAGUAGCGCAGAUGACUUCUGGGAUCUCCCCUUCCCUUUAUUGACAGUUCCUUUGUAAAGCAAAUGCCAACCCUGCAAGCUAGUAAUGAAGACUGGAACUCCCUUAUUCAUUAGACAUGCAGCAGUAAAAUGGGUAGGAUAGCUAUGGAAAUGUAUUUGCAAUGUUUUCUUUGCUCGAUACUCAUACAAAUACCGCUAUCCCUAUUAACUCAAAUUUGUAAUAUAUUAUAAAAAUAUUAAAUAUAUUAUAAAAUACGUAUAGUCUUUAGUAGGUUCCUAUGACCUUGAAUUGGUGUUUGUUUCAGACAGUAAUUGCCAUAUUAGAAAUUGCCAUCCUUGGGACACCUUGGGUGUCUUAGUCAGUUAAGAGGCUGCCUUUGGCUCAGGCCAUAAUCACAGGGUCUUGGAAUAGAGCCCUGCAUGAGGCUCCCUGCUCCACGGGGAGCCUGCUUUUCCUUCUCCCUCUAAUGUUCCCCCCAGUUGUGCUCUCUGGCUCUGGCUCUAUCAAAUAAAUAAAAUAGGCUUGGCCAGUAAAGAGGACCCUGAGGAAUAAUCCAGGGUGCCAGCCGUGCACUCCUCUGCUUCCUCCCGUAGCCAUGCCUUGCAACGUGGAGGAAAUCAAGGACUUUUUGCUCAUGGCCUGGCGAAAGGAUGCCAAAUCCAUUAAGAUCAAGAAGAAUAAGGAUAAUGUGAAGUUUAAAGUUCAAUGCAGCAGAUACCUUUAUACCGGGGUCAUCACAGACAAAGAGAAGGCAGAGAAACUCAAGCACUCCCUGCCUCCAGGGUUGGCAGUGAAGGAGCUGAAAUGA